UUCAGGUAACCAUGUGGCUUAAUGCCAUACUACCCUGAGAACGUCUGAUCUCGGAAGCUAAGAAGGGGUGGGCCUGGUUAGUACUUGGAUGGGGCACCGCCUGGGAAUACCAGGUCAAAUGGACGGAUUGGUUGUUGGUCAGGACAGGCUUAAGGACACGAAGCAGGUGAACAAGAUGGAUUCGGGGCGAGGAGAAGGUUUGACGGGUUGCAGUGGUGUGGUGAAUAAAAAUGUCGUGACAAGAAGGUAUGAGAAAGAGUUAACUUUAAUUCUUGAAAUUGACAAUGGUGAUGCCAUUACUCCAUUAAUAUUAAUUAGGGGAACGGCUGAAGUAUGUGGGAGCAUUACAGCAUGCAGGGUUAUUGCAAAGGAUAAAUAUGAAGUGACUGUUAAUUCUGUCAAUGCAAAGGAGAAACUGCUUGAUGGAUUUUGUAUUGGGAGUGCCAGAAUUCAUGGCAGGGAAGUUACCUCUGAUGAGCUGGUUGUUUCUUUUAUGGGGCUGCCAGCUUAUAUAGAGGAUAAUGAUAUCCUGGAGAAACUACAGGCUUGGGGAGUUUCAGCGGUCUCUGAGGUGAGGAGGAGAAUGUGGCCGGGAACGGACAUCGCGGACGGCACAAGGUUUGUGAAGGUAAAAUUCACCACCACUGUACAGUCUCUGCCUUACUCGGCUAGGUUUGUCACAGCGGCAGGUCCGGAGUACUUUCGUGUUAUUCACGAUCGACAGGUUAAAGUUUGUCGAGGGUGUCUCUCUCCCAGCCAUGUGUACAGGGACUGUCCCGAGUUUCUGUGUAGGAAAUGUGGAGUCCAGGGGCAUUAUGCCCGCGAGUGUCAGGUGCCCAAUUCGCAAAGGUGUGCUACAUGCAGGCAAUAUUUUCCCCUUUGUGUUUGUGAAAAGGGGAAAUUAGAUGGGGGGAUGCCUUGUACCCGGGGUGCUGAUGCCAAGUCUUCCAUCCUCCCUGUUUCGUCUGGAUCGGUGGCUGCUGGUCUGGGGGAAUCAACUUUGACACGUUUGCUGGUGGAGGCGCCUGUGACUGUGGGGGCUGGAGGUAUUGUUCCUCGCCCUACUCCUGAACGGGGGGGAGGGGAGGAAAUCCCUAUCCCUGAUGCCUGGGUGGCAGAGGCUGAACCUGAGAUGGGGAACCAGUCCUGGACUCAGAUGAAGGCAUGGAGAUUGAUGUGAUGGAGCGGAAGAAACGGCAAUCUGAAGGCACUGGGAAGGGCGGGCUUAAAAAAAGUAAGUAGACUCGACGCGUCCAUCUUUUCGUUUUUUGCUUAUGAUGAAUUUUCUCCUGGUGUCAGCAAAUGCCUGUGGUCUUCGUAGUGACCAUAAAAUUCACAACAUUAUGUGCCACACCAAGUGGGAUAUUUUGUGCUUGCAAGAAACUUGGUGGGAGGGCGAGCACAUUAAGAAAAUAGAAAAUAUGAAGCUUGGUUCGCUUCACGUGGCAUUAGGCACAUCAAGAUCUUGUGGGGUUGCCAUUUUGACGAAAUGCGGCCCCUUGGGUUAUCCCACCCUAGUGCAUGCUGACAAUCAGGGGAGAUUCAUUGUGGUCGAAUAUGAUGGACCGUUGAAGUUCCGAUUGAUUAACAUUUACGCUCCCAAUGUGGAGUUAGAUAGGUGGGACAUUUUCCUGCAUGUAUUCUCCUUUGUGACUGAUAGAACCUUGUUGAUUGGUGAUUUCAAUACAUAUCUCAGCAAACUGGAUGUCAGUGUAAAUAAUGUUUUUAGGACUGAUGUUAGCAGGAAUUGUCUUUUAGAUCUGAUGACCGGUAAUAAUAUGGUAGAAAUCUGGAGGACUUUAAAUCUAAGUCGGCCAGUUUUCUCCAGGGCGCAGGUUGUCCAAAAUGAACUGAAGCAAUCACGCAUCGAUCUCUGUUUAACAUCAGCCUCUCUUGUGCAGAAUCUGGACAGGCCACUGUACACAUGGUCGAGUCAGAGUGACCACGCGUUGCUCUCCGUUGAACUGGUACUUGGGGGAAGUCGGAGGACCGGCGGGCUUUGGGUGCUAAACAACUCCCUUCUGAAGGAUGAUUGCUACGUUUCCAGGGUGAGCGGGCUCCUUGGCUUGGCUAAGAUGGAGCUUGAAUGUGUUGACAACGUUAUAGACUGGUGGGAGAGUUUUAAAACGAGGGUUAAAAAGAUAACUAUAAGCUACUGUAAAAAGAAAAACUGGUUAGAGAAAUUGGAGGAGAGGGCCGUAAGAAAUCGGUUACUGGAGAUUACGACAGCUGCCGCGCACCGGCAAGGACCAGUAAACCCUGAGCUGUUCUUGCUGAGGAAUAAAUUGGAGUCAAUGGAAAUUAAAAAAUGUAGAGGUGCGGUCCUUAGGGCGAGGGCGCAAUACGCAGUGGAAGGGGAACGCUCCACUGCUUUUUUCUUUGGACUCGAGAAAGCAAAGCAGAGUAAAGCCUAUUUUAAUUCUUUAGUGUCGGAAAGUUCAAAUAAGGUGCUAACGGAUGUAGGGGACAUUUUGGAGGAAGUGGAGCGUUUUUACGGAGAUUUAUUUGCAUCACAACGCACCUCACGUAAUAAUGCUCUGGAGGCAGUGGGUGCUUUAAAUAAGGCUUUGACCCAAGAGGAUAUGAAAUUGUGUGAUGCUCCCAUCUCUGAGGCAGAAGUUUUUAGCGCUAUAUUGUCUUUAAAUAAAAACAAAAGCCCGGGGAGGGAUGGAAUAACUGCUGAAUUUUACACAGCGUUUGUAAGCCAACUCACGCCCAUAUUGCACAGGGUUUUUACAAGUAUGCAGACAUUCGAUCGGGUUGCCCCGACUUUCAGCGAAGGGAUUGUCUCACUGAUUUUUAAACAGGGGGACCGUACAAAUCUUGGGAAUUACAGGCCCAUUAGUUUGUUGAACAGUGACUACAAGGUCCUCGCGAAGGUUUUAGCGAAUAGGCUUAAAGUGGUGAUAGGCAACAUUAUUUCAGAAACACAAACAUAUGGUAUACCACGCAGGGAAAUUGCUGACACAAUUUUGACUCUAAAAUAUUUGAUUAAACGGAUGAAUGACACGCGUGGGAUCCAUGUAUGCAUUGAUUUUGAGAAAGCAUUUGACAGAGUUGAGCACGAUUUCUUAUGGUUGGUUUUAAAGAAGUUUGGUUUUGGUCAAAUCUUCAUAGAAUGGAUUCAGAGGUUAUAUUUGAGUGCUUUUAGUAGAAUCAAAGUUAAUGGGUUGCUGACGGGCCCUGUGAGGCUGGGGAGGUCGGUGAGGCAGGGAUGCCCUUUGUCCUCACUGCUUUACAGCCUUGUGGCGGAACCGCUGGCUGCCCUGCUCAAGCAGAAUAAUGGAAUUAGGGGUAUUCUGACACCAGCAAACAAUGAAGUUAGAAUUAUUCAAUAUGCAGAUGACACAAAUUUGUUAGUCAGGGAUGUAGAGAGUCUUAAAAUGGCUCUCCAUGAACUGAAUGUUUACUGCCAGGCCUCUGGCGCAAAGAUAAAUACAAAUAAGACGACUAUGGCUGUGUUUGGUGCGUUGCAGGCUACUCCUAGCACCUGGGGUUUUCGUGAGGCCGAGAACAGCUACAAAGUUCUGGGAGUCUUGUUAGGUAAGCUUG